UUAUUUUAUUUUUAUUAGGUGUCAGACAUUGCCUUCUGUACACACAGUUGUGCAAGACUUUGUGUCACCGGCCGCACCUUUCCACGCCCCCUUCGACAAGUUGUGGUUACAGCAAAGCCGACCUCGCAGUUAUAAACAGGUUGACAGAGGUUUGGGGGAUAAUAUUCUACCGGGGAGCUCAAGAGUUAAACCGUACAGAAAAACAUGCUGGGAACGGCCUUUUUAAUUCUCAAUGGACUGCUUGUACUACUACUUCUUUACACCACUCGCACAAGGAAGAAAAAUGAGCCUCCUCUUGAUAAGGGCUUCUUCCCGUGGCUGGGUCACGCUCUUGAGUUUUCAAAGGAUGCUGAAAAGUUUUUAAAACGCAUGAAAGAAAAACAUGGAGACAUCUUCACAGUCCGUGUUGCUGGCUCGUAUGUGACGGUGCUGCUGGACCCAAACUCCUUCGAUGGUGUGCUGAAUGACGACACGAAUAGCUUUGACUUCACUCAAAUCAGGAGCAACCUCUUAAAAAAGCUCUUCAGUCUGCAGCUCCCAGGCCACAAUCCUAAAUCUGAAAGAAAAUGGAUGCAAGACCACUUCCAAGGUCUCAGCCUGCAGAAGCUCAAUGCCUCCAUGCAUGUUCACCUUAGCAGCGUGAUGCUGAAGAGUCCUGACUCCUGCAGCCCGUUGGAGUGGAGAGAGGAUGAACUGUUCGAGCUCUGUUACAGUUUUCUUUUCAGGGCUGGAUAUCUUACAUUGUAUGAGAGGAGCGAUGAUGUCGCUGCUGUCUACGAGGACUUCCGCAAGUUUGACGGUCUACUCUCAAAACUGGCUCGCGGUUCACUGAAAGGAGGGGAAAAGAAAGUGGUCACUACAUCCCAGGAGCGACUGUGGGACCUGCUGUCCCCACCCAGUCUGAACAAGGGGACGGGGCCUGAUUCCUGGCAACAGAGCUACGUUCAAUUCCUGCAGAACCAUGGGGUGGAUGCAGACAUGCAGAAAAAAGCUCAGCUGCUGCAGCUGUGGACCACACAGUGCAAUCCUGGACCGGCUGCCUUCUGGGUCCUCGGCUUCCUGCUUACACACCCUGAGGCCAUGGAGGCUGUUAAGUCAGAGAUCAGAGGCCUUCCCUUUCUCCAGGAAACUUCCCUGCAGCGAAACCCCUUGAACUGGCUGCAAAGACAGAGCACACCUGUGUUUGAUAGCGUUCUGAGUGAGACCUUACGGCUUACCGCCGCCAUAGCAAUCAGAAGAGAAGUUGUCAAAGACAAGAUCCUUCGGAUGUCCGAUGGAAAGGAGUACCACCUCAGACGGGGGGAUAAAGUGUGUCUGUUUCCUUUCGUCAGCCCUCAAAAGGACCCAUGGAUUCACGAAGAUCCAGAGAUGUUCAAGUAUGAUCGCUUCCUAAAUGAAGAUAAAACAGUGAAGGAUGAAUUCUACAAAGAUGGGAAACGGGUGAAGUACUACACCAUGCCCUGGGGCGCAGGGAAGAGCAUCUGCGUUGGGAAAGAGUUUGCUGUUACAGCCCUUAAACAAUUUGUGUUCAUGUUUUUGACCCAUUUUGACGUGGAGCUGUGCAGCCCCAACGCAGAACUUCCACCAGAUAAUCCCGGACGCGUUGGCUUCGGGAUCCGCCAGCCAGACGGUGAUUUGCGGGUCAGAUUCAGACUCAAGGGGAGCCAGCCUGAAAUGUGAGAUGUUGAAAGGCUUUGCAACAUCUCGAUUGAUGAACUUUGUUUCGGUUAAAUGUAGUUUUGCACUAUUUAUUUAUUUUUUAUACCUAAUCAGCUUGCCGAUAAAUUAUAUUUAAGUGUGUGGUGUGUAAAAAAUGUUUGGAAUAAAUGAUGGAAAGCCAA